CUCUCCGGGUAAAGUCGCAACUAACGAAGCGUGAGGGGUCACGUGAAACGCGACCCUCUCCCGGAGUGCGCGGAGGCGCUGCGGCGUUAAAGUGCACUUCCGAUGCGCACGGAGUUUUGCAGCGGGGAUCCCGUGGACUCCUCCCACCGAGUUGUCCUGGGAAACACUAACAACUGGCAGAGAGUGACCCGGGAGGUUGUGGUGGGAGAAGCUCGCCGCCGCCGCGCACCCUUUAAAGGACACUCGGGCCCAGCGCCGCAACGCAGCGCGUCCUUCCUCCAGUCGACUUAUUAUGCGUCUCCAAACCGCCGCUUUCUACUCCCGCCGAGCUUGAGUUUCCAGGGACAUGAAACUCAAUCCACAGCAAGCGCCACUGUAUGGACAGUGUGUUAUCACAGUGCAGCUCGCUGAUGAAGAGCUAGCAGCAGAAGAGCAGGGCGUGGACUACUUCCUGCUGUUUGCUGGCAGCACACAAAGACACCUGACCAGCACCCUAAGGAGCAGUCAUGACACCUUGCAGGCACUGUGUCCUGCUCAUGACUGCUGUGAGGUGGUGGUGGUUACCUUGUGUUCAGUUAGCCAACGUGUUCCUGACUCCGCUGAAGACCUCAAGCCUUCUCAGGGUCAUGUGACUCCUUUGUCUGAGCAGCGAUUUAACUUUGUCCAGGAUUUGGCUUUUGACAUGGCCCAGUUCUUGGUGAGCACAGCGGGCAGGCCUCACGGCCUCGAUGGGGCACUGCUGCUGGAUGAGUGUCAGAUUCCCUUGCAGGAGUGUGAACGUUUGGAUGAGAGCCUGGCGCUGGCCCUCCAUCACCUCAUAUUGCCUCCAGGAUGGAGCUUACUGGGAAACAAACUAUCCAACAGCUUAGACCUAAAUCCUCAGGAGACUCUGCUGCAUUUUUCAGCUCGUCGAGGCCUGCUUCGGGUUACGCGCUUCUUGCUGCGGCAGUCAGGAGCCAGAGAAGCCCUGCAACUAACCAACAGUCAAGGCCAUACACCGUCGGCCAUCGCAGCUUCACGAGGACACGAACGCCUCCACGAGCUUCUCACAAAGGCGGACCUGGACGCAGACAAAGUGAGUGAGAGCGUCCAGCUGGUCUCUUCAGAUGCCUGGGUAGUUUGCCAUCUCCCCAGUUUGAACACACACACUCUGACGCUGAGAAUUCACCCUGGUCACGAACCUCCAACCCUUGAAGCGAAUGUGGAGCAGCUGCUGCACUUGAUAUACCAUCUCCAUGCCAAGGGAGUUUCUCUACUGGAGCUGCAGUUUGAUGCCCUGCACACAGCUGCUGAAUGUUGUGAAACAGAGAUAACCUGUCUCAAAAAUAUCCAGCUGCCUGCCACACAGUGCCUGGGCUCUGACGGGAACUGGGUAGAAAAAUGCCCAGUGGAAAGCUGCAGUGUUGUUGAACCUGGACAUGGUGAAACUAGAAAUUCAGAGAAAGACCAGAGUUUGCCUAUGAGUACUCCAACAAACGAAGUACACCCCCAGGAGCAUGGCUUCAAUCCCCAAGAGGAGCGGGUGUGUCUCAGUUCAAACACUGGGAGAGAUUACUGUCAAACAGAGGGGGAGGCAAUGGAGCCGCCUGCUGUUUCCACCCAGGGUUUGAGUUUGUGUGACAACAGUGAAGAAGCGUGGAGUGAGACUGAAGGGACUGACCUCACUGAGGGAAUUCUACCACCAGCAGUCUGCGGUAAACAGGCCGAGGAAACUGAUAGAGAAGAGGCUGUGAUCUGGGAAGGACAAGAGGCCACAAAGGGAGAGAAGGGAUCUGAGCAGGAAACAGAGGAAAGUACAGCCAAGGAGGAGGAGACAUACCCAGAAUCAGCAGUUCUAACACCCAGUGGAGAUACGAAAGCGUUAGUUAUGGGCCAGACUUCAUCAUCAGAGGGCUCCGAGAUUUCAGACGCUUCUGAUUCUGAAAUGAAGGACUGCUCCCAGGAAGGCGAGAAUGUCAGGAAAGAAGAUAUAAACCUCUGCCAGGAGCUCUGUGGUGUACUCUCUUUGGACAAGGAGAAUGCAGAAAGUGAAGGGUUAACCCCAGGGGCCCUCUCUAACCCAUUACCCAUAGGCUCCGGUGACGUAAUUGAAGAGCGUGAACCUGCGCUCCCACACCUCUUGAUAGAAGGCCUCCACGAGGGGGAACCUCCACCAGACAUAAACAGCCUAGAACAAAACCAGGAAACAGCUGGGAGGGAUUACAGCACAGAGCAGGAGAAGAGCUUGGCUACAGAAACUGGCUGUCAUUCUGAGGACUGGACUGCAACGGCAAGUCAUAAAGAGCUAGAUGAUGAAGGCCUGACUGAACCAUCUGGAUACAACAUUGACAAAUCCGAUAAUACAGCUGAUUUUCACACUACUAGUAACUCUAUGGAAGAUACACAGACUGGUCAACUCAUCUGUGAUUCAUCACCUGAAAUUCUUCGGAGCUCUGGGAUUAUACACACUGGACAACAGUCGGUUAUGACUCGGAGUCUCUCUAGUGAUGACGAUGGCAGUUUCAAGUCAGUUGGAAGCCCUACAAUAGAAAUAUAUAACCCAACUCAGGACAAUGUCAUUGUAGAGGACCAGCUUAAUAGUGCAGCAGCUGACGGGUUGCUGGACACUGUCGGUGCACCUAUGGAUUGCUAUCAAACAGGCUCCAAGCCUGAAUCAGAGCUGUUACAGACCCCUCAGACAAUGAAGGGUCUCAAUCCAGAACUUUGCCAAUGGGAUCAGUCGUUGGGUCUAGAACUGUCAGAGAGUGGGCAUGCGUCAACAGUGGUGGCCUAUGAAAGUGAGCGUGGACUUGACAAUGCACCUGAAAUUGAGCCUUCAGCUUCAGAGGUCUUCAGUAGUUCUCUAUUUGAAUCUUACACGCCUGUUGUAGAUGACAACAAAGUGACUGCCCCAGUUAGAGACAAUCAAUUUUCUGAGACAGGGGUGAGUGGGAAUGGGUUAAUUGUGUUACAGCAAGAGAUACUGGACAGUUUAGACAUGGCAACAGACGAAGGGCUGCCUGCUAAAGGACACUCCGAGAACCAGAUCAGGGAUUCCUCAAUACAAAUCAUUGCUCCACUAUCAGAACCAUCAUCUCUAGAAUCUGAAGAAUUCAGUGAACAUACUGAGAAGGAGAUGACUAAAACUUUAAAGACUCUGGACAGAGUGGAUGGAGCCUCAGAAAGCCACAACGAGGUGGAAGUCAUCAAGUCUGACAACAAUUUAAUUGGUGCUGGGGAGGAAGAAAAUGGCCCAGACGAGGAAACUGACUUCUCCCCAAUUCACCGAGACAGAGAGGCGUCGUUCCAUCAGCCCUGCAGCACUCUGCACUCAGGAUCACCACAAUCGUCAGCCUUUGCCUGUUUACCCAGUAGGAUCAGCAGCACCAGCAGUUGCCCCCCCAUAGCUCACAGUGAUUCUGGCAGUGACAUUGAAAGCUUUGUGAGCGCGGAGCCGGGCUAUGACAACAUCUUCACAAAGAACAAUGAGCAAGUGACCGGAGGAGACAGUGCCAGCGAGGUUUCCGUGUCCUGCUCCUCCACGGACGACACCGCUAGCGUCGGCCCAUCCAGCUCCAGUCCCGAGGGCAGCCAGGGACUGGUCUGCGGCUGGAGCGCAGAAGAGGGUCUCCAGACUGGAGCUACUACCACUGCAGGACUGGAAAGUGGCGGAGGAGCCGGGGAAGUUGAAGAAGAAGCAAAGGACAGAGUGGCAGAGGUGCCACGUCGCUCCUGUCUCCUCCGGAACAGCAUCCGUGACCUGUCACCUCUGCGCCGCCAUAGCUGGGGUCCUGGAAAGAACAACGGAGGGGACGCAGAGAUGAACCAAAGGAGUUCCAUCUAUAAUUCGGGUGAGGGGAAGUCGACCCUUCACAGACGAAGCUAUAGCUUGGAGGGCCUCAGUGGAGGCCUGAGGGAGCUGAGGGGGCCCACCGCCCAGGGGCCCCAAAUCCUGGAGCCUGUAAGGAUGCAACAACACGACUUUGACAGAGGCUCCCUGAUUUCUCUGACAGAGGAGCAAGAGGGGCUGGUGGAACAUGACAGACAUUGUGACCUGAAAUCAAGACGGUAUCGUCCUCUUCGAAACUGCCCCCCCAUGACACUGCCCCUCACCAAGUCUGUAUCCAUGCUUGCCAUCAGCCAGAGAGACACAGAUGCAAUCAGUCGUCUGAGACGUAAGAGGCGAAUUUCCUUCUCUUUUAGCCUUUCCCCAAUCCUCACCAAAUCUAAGUCUCAGUUCAUUUAUGGGGAUUCUUCGUCUAGUGAUGAAGAUAUCUUAAGUACAAGGUCGUUUUCCAGCGCCUCUGGUUCUCUAGCGUACAGUAUAUCUGAGGAGGAACCUGGGCCUCUGCGCAGUGACACUGAGGGAAAGAGUGUGACAAAAGUCAGCCGCACCUUCAGCUACCUCAAGAACAAGAUGUACAAAAAGAACAAGGAAAAGGAGCGCGACAAGAAGGAAAAAGACAAAGAGUGCAAGGAGAAGGACAAGAAGAAUGUGAACGGCCAUAUAUUUACACCUGUCAGCUCUGGCCAGGCAGCCCAGUGCUCCCAGUGCAAUAAGACUUUCACUAACAAAGAGGCUUACCAAUGCACAUUCUGUAAUGCAUCUGUCCACAAGAGCUGCAAGGACACCCUCCCUAUUUGUGCCAAGGUAAAGAUGAAGUUGCCCAAGCACCAGUUUGUGGUACCAGAUUCAAGUUCUUUUCCAACGGUCACAAUGAGGAACAAAUCUGUUGGGACGAGGGAGCGCCCCUGGUCUGCCAUCUUGUGCCCAGAAGACCAUUCUUCUCUGGUGACACCAAUGCCGCGGAGACACACAAGCAUCAUGCCUUUCCAUGGCAACAAUCUGUCCAAGAGUCUCUCUAUAAGCAACAUUGCAGGUCCAGUGUUUGACGAGAUGCCUAUUAAAGGCCUGCGGUAUCUCUCGCAGUCUACGGAUUCCCUCAACCGAAGCAACCAGGUCACCGAAUCCAUGGAAUCACUCACCGAUGAAGGGACAGAGAUGAUGGAUGCGCAGCUGAUGGGAGAGUUUGACUCCGAGGCCAAGGACCUGGAAGCAGAUUCAUGGAGUUUAGGUGUGGAGCCACAGUACCUGCAGCAGCUGGACAGGGACCUGGUGAAGAGACAAGAUGUCAUUUAUGAGCUGAUGCAGACAGAGAUGCAUCACAUCCGAACACUGCGAAUCAUGUCCGAAGUCUACAGCAAAGGUCUGCAAAAGGAGCUGCAGCUAGAGCAGCAGACGUUAGACAAGCUGUUUCCCACUCUAGACGACCUCCUGGAGCUGCACACGCAGAACCUCUUGCGCCUCCUGGAGAGGAAGAGGGAAUGCCAGCUGGAGGGGGCCAACUUGGAGGGAGGGUUCAUUAUCAACAGGAUAGGAGACCUACUGGUUAGGCAGUUCUCAGGAUCCAUUGGUGAAAGUAUGAAGCGAGUUUAUGGGAGAUUCUGCAGUCGACACAAUGAAGCAGUCAACUUUUACAAGGACCUUCUGACCAAAGACAAACGCUUUAAAGCCUUCAUCAAAAAAAAGAUGAGUUGCAGCAUUGUGCGAAGGCUUGGUAUCCCAGAAUGCAUUUUGCUCGUGACCCAGAGGAUAACAAAGUACCCAGUACUGAUUCAGAGAAUGCUGCAGCACACUAAAGAAAGUGAGGAAGACUAUGAUGACCUGAUGGAUGCUGUUCGCCUGGUGAAGGAGGUGAUUGCCGCAGUUGAUAACCGGGUGAACGAGCACGAGAAAAAGCGCCGUCUGAAAGAAUUCUACAGCCGCAUGGACAGCAAGACUGUUAUAAAGGGUGGUCAGACCUUUGGAAGGGAAGAUCUGCUGAGGAGGAGGCUGAUCCAUGAUGGAGCUCUGCAGCUGAAGAGCAGUCAGGGGAGGUUAAAGGACGUCCAUGCUCUCCUCCUUUCAGAUGUCUUUGUUUUUCUCCAAGAGAAAGAUCAGAAAUAUGUCUUUGCCAUGCUGGACCAGCGCUCCACCGUCAUCUCCCUGCAGAAGUUGAUCGUCCGGGAGGUUGCCAACGAAGAGCGUGGCCUCUUCCUCAUCACAGCAGGCAUACAGAAUCCAGAGAUGAUGGAGGUUCUGGCCUGCUCCAAGGACGACCGGAACAACUGGAUGCAGCUGAUCCAAGAAGCCAUGCAGUCUAUGGAGAAGGAUGAAGACGAAGGAAUUCCCAGUGAGACUGAAGACGAUAAGAAACAACUGGAGACUAAAGCCAAAGAGAUGAGAGACUUGUUGAAACAAAAGGAUACAGAGAUCAUGUCUCUGCUGGAGGAGAAGGUGCGGCUGUUCAGGGGCAUGUGGGACGGCCUGAGCACGGGUGAGGAGGCCUGCCGGCAGGCCGAGCCCUACUUCAGGUCGACCUGCAGCAUUGAUGUACCUAGAGGUGCCUCCAUCAUGAAGGAUGCUCUGGAGGAAGUUGAGACGUUACAGGCUCUGGUUAAUGGCAGUCUGGGUGGAGCAAUGGCCGGCAUCCAAGAGGGAGGAGGUGUAGGACCCGUGUGUCUGCCCCGUCGGGCUGAGACCUUCGGAGGUUUCGACAGUCACCAGAUGCACUGCAGUAAAAGUGGUGACAGAGACGAGAGCGAGGAUACGAUGGGAGACCUGCGCAGGACAGAGUCCGACAGUGUUUUAAAAAAGGGAGGAAACGCCAACCUGUUACUGUUGCUGCUGAAGAGGAACAGUGAGCAGGUCCUACACAGUGUCUCCAAUCUACAUCUGUUGCUCAGCACUCUGCAGGCGGUGGUGGUCCAGCAAGACAGUUUCAUAGAGGACCAGCGGCAGGCCCUCAGCGAGCGCUCCUCUUCGUGUACAUCUUUAUCUCGGCCAUCCUCGCGGCCCGGCUCCCUCAUUGAACAGGAGAAGCAGCGGAGCCUGGAGAAGCAGCGGCAGGAGCUGGCCUCCUUCCAGAGACAGCAGGCCGCGCAUGCUGAGGAGAAGAGGAGGAGGGAGAAGGACUGGGAGCUCAGGGAACAGCAGCUGACUGAAAGGGAGCUGGUGGUGCACAUACAGCAGGAGGAGGAGAUUCUGAAGCAACAAAAGGAACUGGAAGAAGAAAAGCACAGGCUGCAGAUUAGGAAAGAGGAGUACCAGAAAGACCUGGAGAGGCUGAGAGAUGCUCAGAGGAAGUUGGAGAGAGACAGAGAGGCUGUGCAGCGCCAGUUCAACAAGAUGGAGGAGCUCCGUUCAGAUGAGAGAACGUCCUCUACGACGUCUGAUGAAUCUCAGUUCCCUGGCACCUCCCACUCUCUGGAGCUGGACCCACAGGAGCUCUCCUCUUCCUCGUCCUCGCUGCCCCAGCGAUUCAAGCCCAAAGGGAAAGGCCUCAAUCCCUUUACCUCAUCCUCCACCAACACCAGCAUCAAGGCCAGCGAAACCAACCACCAGAUCUCAAAGAGCCUGCUGCAGCUGGCGAAGAGCAAGAGCAAAGAGGGCAAGGAUAAAAAGAAGAAGAAGGGCAAAAGUGGGAGCUCACAGCCAACAGACCCCCAUCACCUCCCAGAGCCUCCUGUGGAUGGAGAGAUCUUCUUCUGCUGAGAGAAGUGGCUCUACUCGUAAACCUUCUCCUCAUCGUUGACCCGCCUUGCCUUUCUAACUUAUAUAGGAUAAUGUGUCGCUGCCAAGUAGCAACACAUUCCGACUCAAAUGUAACAUUGGGAAAGAUUUAGUUUUACAUACGAGCUGUGUAACAGAAUUUACAGGAAACAAGACGCAGUAUGUGUUUUCUUACUUUUAAAAAUCAAAUACCACUUAUUUUCUAAUUUCCGGAAAUGAAAAUAUUUUAUUCAUUGUAUGCAAUUAAGCAUACAAAUGCAGCACAUUUAGCAGUAAACAUGCAUUGGUGGUGCACUUUUCACUUUUUUGAUGUGUCUCUUUAUCAAAACUGAUGUUGGUGCCUCUAAAUGCCACAUACACCAUGUCUGAGUCUGUCAACUUAGACAUAGAUACAGUUUGAAUGUCAACACGCAGACUCACUGCUAAUCUCCUCUGAUAACUACAUACGUUUUGCUCUAGACACGAUGCAUGUUGGAAAAACAGUUUGCAUAUUUUAUUUUACAGUAGUUUGUUUCAGUGUUCCAUUUUUUAAUCCUUAUGUACAAAUACACAUUGAAAGAAGAUGGCAGACAGUACUUUAGUUAAUUUAAAAAACGUGUGUGAUUACAUUCACAAACUUUGUCAGUCGUCUCAUGAAUUAAGGCUAUUGUUCAUUUUGAAGUGAAAAUGCACGUGUCUGUUCAAUUCAUCUUCAUCAGGAUUGAUACACGUGUCCAAUGGCUCCAUUUCUGUCCUUUAGUCUGUGUUAGAGCUUAAUCCUGAUUCAUCUGUCUGUCAGUGGGCUUCAUGCCGCCCUCAUCCUUUGUGUUUUUACUUGCAUGUAACUCUGCAGGUAGCCUAUUAAUGGCUCGCGUCUGUUAAAGAGUUGAACUUACUUUUUCAGCGUCCGUCUUUGAGCUCUGAUAAUAAACUCUGUGGACAUGGAUGACUGGAAGACUGCUAAUUUAGAGACAGAGGAGCUGGUUUGACAAAAUGAGAAAGGGCAUUAGCUCAAAACACCAAAUGACGUUCAGUGGCUAAUCAGCCUGAGCCUCUGAUCAUUUCUAAUCGACACACAUCACUGUUGUUCAGCACCUUGGUCUGAACACGUUGAUGCUUCUUUUGAAAGAUCUUUAUAUUUCCUUUUUUCUUUUUUUUUUAUCAAGGGCACUGAUGCUAAUGGAAAGUGAGAAUGAUCCAAAGAUGCUUUGGUUCAGUUCUGCUUGGGGGCUAGCAGCUGUUCUGUACAGUGCUGAUUCCCAGGUGACCUGUCAGACCUGUGUUAUUUGUUUUGUGUUUUAGCGCCACUAAAACCCAGAUAGCUGGCAACACAACUACCUGCAGGACAGGUAGGAAGUAAAAAAAAUAAAAGGGUCGCCAUCCAGUGCAUAACAGAGCAGUGUCACUGCACCGCUUCAUCGCUGCCUGUUUUGUGUCGUGUUUAAGUGCUUGUUCAGUAACUCAGUGUCUGUGUUAAGGGUUUGACUUCAGUCCAGGCUGGUUUCUAAAGGAGUCUCCUCUAAGAAGCUUACAGGCCCAGCCAAUUAGCUGCUUCAUGUCAUUGUUUAUGUCUUUGGUGUAAUCCUGUCAAAGUAACAGACAUUGGCUUAGUUGUUUUUCCCAGACUCGGUGUGUUUUGACCACUAGGGAGCACUGCACCGAUGACUAAAGUUCCCUUCCUCAGAAAGUUUGAAGCUAUUCAUUUUAAAUGUUGCUUUUUCCUAUAUAUUCUCCCUGCUGUGCAAAAUUGGCAUAUUUUUCUCAGCAGGUCACUGCCAUACGGAGAUAAUAAUGUGAUGAGCGUGGGCUCUCACACUCUAACAUUUUUCCCUACGGCAUUUGUAACCGAAUGCACGCGCAAAUAAGUUGUCAAAGAUCGUAAUUGGUUAUUCAGUGAAAGCAGUCAGCAGCGGCUUUAAUAUUGAGAUAAAAGGUCUAGCAUUUGGAGACCACGGGCCUUCCUGUGUAAGAGACAAUCAGACGCGAGUCACAAAACAAUGACGGGCCUAUCCACGAGAAGAGCGUGUCCAUCAGGUGAACCCUGCUUAGCCUUAUACUCGGUGCACAAAGAGUAGAACCCUGCAUCUUCUCAGGGCAGAGAGGAGAACUUUAUACAGUACCUCUGCUUGGAAGCAAAGGCUGUUUGUACUAUAUGAAUGGUACACUGUUGAUUCUCAACAUUAUUAUAAAAAGGGCAAAUUUGUAAAUAUGAUUCAUGUACAAAACAAAUCAUAUGUAAAAAGAAAAAUUGUUUUACUUGUGAUUUAUUGCAAUGUUUUGUAAGAAUGUUUUAUUUAUGUUUAUUCUCACCUCUCUGGUGACAAGUCAUAUUCUCCUAUAAUUAAAAAAAAUCAUAUUAGACCUUA